UGAGGCUGCUCUUGCCAUGGACGGCCAGGACUUCGGUGGCCGUUGGAUGAAGAUCCGCACGGCCGAGAAGAAGAACAUGUUCGACGAGAAGCCGGAGGGCUGCACCAGCAUCUUCAUCGGCAACCUCGCCUGGGACGUGGACGAGAACACCGUGCGCGAGUUCUUCGGCGAGUGCGGCGAGAUCACGAGCUGCCGCCUGGCCACCGACCGUGAGACCGGCGAGUUCCGUGGUUUCGGCCACGUUGACUUUGCCACGACCGAGGCUGUGGACGAGGCUGUCAAGCUCGCUGGCGAGUACUUGAACAACCGUGCCAUCCGUGUCAACUACGCCAAGAGCCGCGAAAACAACGGCUUCGACGGAGGCCGCGGUGGCGGCCGUGGCGGUGGCCGCGGUGGCCGUGGUGGCCGUGGCGGCUUCGACGGUGGCCGUGGCGGUGGCCGUGGCGGUGGCCGUGGCUUCGGUGGCCGUGGUGGCGGCCGCGGUGGAGGCCGUGGCUUCGGUGGUCGCGGCGGGGGCCGUGGCGGACGUGGCGGCCGUGGUGACGGACCCCCGAAGCGCCAGUCGUCGUCCAUCCAGAACUUCAAGGGCUCCAAGGUUACUUUCGACUAAUUUAAAGGCGGCUGCUUCGACGGAGGCAGUCUCCACAUAGGACAGGGAGACACGUGCGCUUAGAGUGCCAGGCAACGGUGCUUGACUCGGUGGAGGGACCAGCGCAGACGGAUCCCUCUGUCGUGUAUUGACUAGUUUUUGCAUUGCAUUGAGCUUCAAUCG